GUGCUUUUUGUCGCUUCCCCGUUCCCCUCCCUUCCUCUCCUCCCGCACGGCGACAGGGCGAGAUAAAUCGAUUCGUAUGCGAGCGUCGCCGGCGACCGACGACAAGCGGCGGACCGGCGAAGCGAGCGCCACAUCAGGGGAAGGUGGUCACCAGCAAGUCCACGGGGCGGGGGGUGGGUGUGGUGAGUUGCUUGCGCGCGCGACCAGGGAGAAGAGGGAGUUGGGCGUGGCGGCGGCCGACGGGGGACGAGGCUCUCUGCUACGUGCACGAACAGAGUCAAGUGCAAGACAUAGGCAACAUAAAAUUUCAAGAGCCAGCAUCUUCUCUAUCAUCCAGUUCUACAGGGAAGAGGGGAGGCAAGAACAUGAGGGGGAGAUUUUGUGCAAGAUCAAGUUUCGCAGCACAUGGUACAGGAGGCAUUUUUGCAGCUUGUAUAUCACACAGGGAUGUACAGAGGUGGAGUUCCACUAGCUCUAGAACUAACAGAAUCAUGCCCAAAAAUUAGGGAGGGCCUUUUUACCUUGGUGUGUUCACGUGAAGAAAUUUGCCCAGUUCUGAAAAAUUCUUUGCUGAAGUUUCUCCA